CCAGGCCCAGGUCGACGCCCGCUGUCCCCGGCGCUGCAGGCUGCGGCCAGGAGGGGACUCCGGGCCGGUGCAUGAGCGCGGCGGACAGGACCCGCGGGCUCCGGGCAGCAGGGCCCUGAGCUCGUAUGCACAGCUUUUUUCCUGUUGCAAUGAGCGAUCCCGGGGACGCACGAAGGGUUAAAGGGCUGCAGGCCGCCCCGCCCCAGGGGAGCCCGCGGGAGCGAGUCUGAAAGUUCCCGAUGCAGCGCGGCUGAGUCUGCGCCCGGUCCCUUGCGAGGCUUGGGGCGGUGAGCCCGGAGCAGGCGGAGCCGGAGAGGGACAAUCGGGCCGGCUGGGGAGGCCGAGGCGGGAGGGCGCGGGAGCGCGGCGGCGCGGGGGAAGGACCCCUUUUGGACCAGCGAGGCUAUGCGAGGCGGUGGCCAGGACGGCCUGGCGGGGCUCGUGCUGUGCGCAGGGCUCGCGGGACACCCCGGGAUGCUGCACCGCGCCAAGUACAGCCGCUUCCGCAACGAGCCCAUCCAGGCCGCCGAGGAGGGCGGCCUCCCGGGCCCGGCCGGGAGCAAAGGCGCCCCGCAGCCGUCCAGCCUCGCCCCGGAGCCCCCUGAGGACGCCUGCUCGCCCGCCCCGGACAGCCCCACCCCACUGUGCACCCUGAUCCCCCGCAUGGCCAGCAUGAAGCUCGCCAAUCCAGCCGCCCUGCUGAGCCUGAAAAACUUUUGCCUGGGGGGCACCAAAGAGGUGCCGCGGCUGAAGCUGCAGGAGACUCAGGACGCGGCGCCCGGCAGCCCGGCCUCGCCCGGGGGCAGGACCCGCGGCGCCCACGAUCCCGUUCCCGCGCCUCCGCCGGGCCCGCCAGGGCGCAGGGCCACCCCGCUGCCCCCCGAACCCUGCCCGCUGCCAGGGCCCGCAGAGCCGACCCCCGGGGCUAGGCAGGAGCCGCCGUGCCCGCAGCAGCACCUGUUGGGACCCGGCCUGAGCUACCGCGCGCGGUACAUGGGCUGCAUUGAGGUGCUGCAGUCAAUGAGGUCCCUGGAUUUUGGAAUGAGAACUCAAGUUACAAGGGAAGCAAUAAGUCGCUUGUGCGAAGCUGUGCCCGGGGCCCAUGGAGCCAUUAAAAAGCGAAAGGCUCCCCUUAAGUUCCUCUCGGCAGUUCUUGGAAAGAGUAAUCUCCAGUUUUCUGGAAUGAACAUAAAGCUGACCAUCUCAACCUGCAGCCUCACACUGAUGAACCUCGACAACCAGCAGAUAAUUGCAAGUCAUCAUAUGCAAUCUAUUUCCUUUGCUUCUGGCGGGGAUCCUGAUACUACAGACUAUGUUGCCUACGUAGCUAAAGAUCCAGUUAAUCAACGAGCGUGCCACAUACUGGAGUGUCACAGUGGGACAGCCCAGGAUGUCAUCGGUACCAUCGGGCAGGCGUUCGAACUUCGAUUCAGACAGUACUUGACAAAUCCGUCUCUGAAUGUGUCUUGUGAAAGUGAGGAGGUGCAGAUCGACGGCCACACUCCGGAGGGAGAAGAUCACGAAUAUUACAAUGAGGUCCCAGGCAAGCAGCCACCUGCCGGCGGGGUGUCUGAUGUCCGAGUCAGAGUGCAAUCCCCAGAGCGGAUGGCCUACUGCCCCAUUCGCUGUGAAAAGCUGUGCUAUUUACCUGGGAGCUCCAAGUGCAGCAGUGUGUACGAGAACUGUCUGGAGCAGAGUAGGGCAGCAGGUGAUGCCCACGAGCCAGGGGCCCAGGCCCAGCGAGACGCUGCCCUCAUGAAGCUGUCGUCCUGCCGCCUGGAACUCUGUGAUGACCCCUGCUACAUUAACACGCAGGCACUGCAGAGCACGCUUGGCUCAGCCCGCAGCCAGGGCACAGCCCGGCCCCCUGAGAGCUCGUGGCACCACGGAAGGGCCCCGGAGACCGUGCAGCCAGGUGCCACAGCCCAGCCCGCCGGCUCCCACCCUCUGUUGCACAUCAGGCAGCAGCUGUGGAGCGAAGACUGCUACCACGGCCGGCUGAGCAGGAAGGCUGCCGAGAGCCUCCUGGUGAAAGAUGGGGACUUUUUGGUUCGAGAGAGCGCAACAUCCCCUGGCCAGUAUGUGCUGAGCGGGUUGCAGGGUGGCCAGGCAAAGCACCUCCUCCUGGUGGACCCCGAAGGCAAGGUGAGGACCAAGGACCACGUAUUUGAUAAUGUGGGGCACCUUAUCAGAUACCAUAUGGAUAACAGUUUGCCAAUCAUGUCUUCCGGAAGCGAAGUAACCCUUAAGCAACCAGUGAGAAAAGAAAAUAAUCCCGCACUUUUGCAUUCCAAGAAAUGACAGCGUUGGAGCACCGUUCUGGUGCUAUUUCAAGAAGCUCUGUUUUAUGUGAUGACAGAAAGAUAACUCAAACUUUGUUUCUAAAUUCAAUAGAGCACAAACUGUGAAGUGCAUUUUUCUGAGACUCUAAUAACUAGAUCUUUUAUAAAACAAAGAACUAACAAAUCUUCAGGAGGUGAAGAUGAGAAAAAAAGGAAGAGGACUGACACAUUUGAAAAGAAACUACAUAUGCACGGAUGUCACUUUCUAAAGUCACAUUGUAUCGAUAACAAGCUAAAAAGCACAAUUAAAAUUUCACAUGCUAAAGACAACUUGAGCUGCUGGGGCAGUGGUAUGUGCCUUUCACCCUGAUAAUUUGGGGGCAUUUUCCUAGGGGGGAGGUGAGUUCCAGGUGUCUUCAUGUUCUAUAACUACAGAACCAUUUGCCAAAAACAGAUUUUUUCCUGGCUAAAAAAAAAAAAGCAAUCUCCUUGAUAGUUGUUGACUUUAUUACAUUUUCUGUUUAGUAGCAUUUUGACUGCAGUGUUAAAAUAAAUACGACAUUUAAUUCAGA